AUGGCAGACUUAAGAUUUUAUGACAAAAUCCCAAAUGGUGCGCCAGCAGAUUCUUUGCUGAACUCGUUGAUGGAGGACUACUUUGAGUACAAGCAUUUCAAAAAUAUAACGCAAAGAAAUGCGGUGGUUAAAAUUUUGAAAAGAGAAACCGACGUGAUUGUUUCGUUGCCAAAAGGACAUGGAAGGACUACAUGCUUUCAACUUCCUAUGGUAAUAUGCCCAAAAAAGGUCUCAAUAGUUGUUGUUGGAGUAUCGUCACGGAUUGAAGAGCAAAUGACCCGUUUGAAUCGUAGACAUGUUCACGCAGAAAGCAUUGAUGCUGACACGUCGUCGGAAGAAUAUGAUGACAUAAAAAGUACUAUAAACUAUUUAUCCAGUAUAAAGAGUACGCUCAAUAGCAUACUCUAUGUUACACCCGACGGAGUCCUAACUGAUAACUUCUUCAACUUGUUGCUCCAUUUAAGCGACAGCAAUAGCUUGGGAUAUAUAGCCGUUGACUUGUCGUAUUGUGAAGAAGACUGGUCGAGAGGUCUAACAAGAGAGGGUUACGCAUUAGGUUUCCUUAGAAACCAAUUCGUGGAUACAUCAUGGAUUGUCACGACCGAAAAACCCUGUUCCGAAUUUAUAAAUAACAUCAAAUCCAUACUGGGUCUUAGAACUCGAAGGGUUGAUGAUAUCCCCGUGGAUGCUGUACCUUGGUUUUCUAUGGCUAUUGACGACGAUGAUGAACUCGACCGUUGA